AUGUCCUGUGUCCGCUUCAUUUGCCAGUGCUGCAGCCAGCCCCUGAAGCUGAAUCAAUCUGCCCAGACCUUGGGCCUUGACACCAACCAACAACCUGUAGCUUCCAAGCUCCCCUCAGCUCAGGGGGAGCCAGGGAAAACCCUGGGGGAAGGCCCUACCUCUGGGGUGGAGACAGAUACUGAAGAGCUACAGGACAGUGCCUCUUGCAGGCCCCUCCCUGGUGAUGGCAGGAUAUUCAGGUACAAUUCCCACAUUUUUACCCUGCUUGGCAAGCUGGGCUCUGGGAGAACUCUCCAUAGUAUCCAGAAGACCACUAGGGGCCUUUUUGACAUCCUUUCGGGUGAAGAAGAUCUGGCCCACCCCCUGUGUCAAGACUGUACUGACAGUCUUUUAGAGCAGCUGGACACCCAACUCACUAUCUCAGAAUCUGACAGUCAGAGCUACAAACACUGUUUGGAGACCUGGGAGAGCAUAAGUGAGGAUGAGAGGGAGAUGCUGCAGGAGGAGCUGAAAGACUUGGAGCUGGAGGAAGCGAGGCUGGUCCAGGAGCUGGAGGAGGUGGAGAAGAGCCGAGAAAGAACAGCAGUGGCUCUUGAGGCAGCCCAGGCAGAGACGGAGACGUUGGACCAGCAGGAAAGGCAGGACCAGAGGGAGUACGGUAAAUUGCAGUGGCAACAACUGGAACUGCAAGAUGAGCUGAGGAGCAUGGAGAACCGGCUGCGGUAUGCCCAGACCCAGCUAAACUGGCUGGAGAAAGCCAACGCCUUCAGGUCAACGUUUGAGAUCCGCCAUGAUGGCCCCUUGGCCAUCAUCAAUAACUUCAGGUUGGGCUGCCUCCCCACUGUCCCCGUGUGCUGGAACGAGAUUAACGCAGCCUGGGGACAGACAGCCUUGCUGCUCAGUGCCCUGUCUCAUUCAAUUGGACUGGAGUUUCAGAGGUUUCAACUCAUCCCCUGCGGAAACCAUUCCUAUCUGAAGUCGUUAACAGACAACACCACUGAGCUGCCGUUGUUCUGCCACAGUGGGCAGAGUGCUUUCUUGUAUAACAAGUUUGACCAGGCGAUGAUGGCUUUCCUGGACUGCAUGCAGCAAUUCAAGGAAGAGAAGCUUGUGUUUGACACCUUUAGAUACCUCGUGUAA